GUUCAGUCGUUUCAGUGACGGGUUCAGGUGCGGCAGUUGCUUGUUGAAGAGUCUCUCGACUCGUCUCGUCUCGUCUCGCCUCGUUUCUUCUCCUCUCGUUCUGAAUAUAGUUUUUGCUUAUAGUAUUUGCAACAGUUGCAACCACAGCCAAAGUUCAUUCAAUUAUCCAAAGCGUUCGCAUUUAAAAAUAUGCAUGACUCAACCAAAAUUAUCGAUAAUUAGAGUGAAUUUAUUUAUUUCACAUGCGUAAGCUGCGAAUUACUAACCAUCAGGGAAACACACAACAAAAAGUAAAAGUGUGAAUGUGUAGAAGUAAUCACGAGUGUGUGUGUGAGUGAGUGACGAUAAGCAUUUUGUGUGUGUGUUUUUUUUCCGUUUUGUGACAAUUAUACUCUGUGCAAAGCACUGUUAUACAAGCAACACACAAAACACGUCGCCUCGUCUAUCGAGUCAUGAAGCUGCUGCUGAAAGUACAUGGCGAGCGCACAGCGCGCAAUCGCCGCACGCCCGAACGUAACUACUCAGCAUCGCCAUCUUCGAGAAUCAACAGCAGCAACACACCCAGUGGCAGUAGCAGCAAUAGCAGCAGCAGUAAUCACAACAGCAACAACCACGACAACGACAACAAACGCAAAUCGAAGCGACUGACACGAAACAGUUUGCUGCUCAGUUUACUCGUCCUUUUGGUGCUGAUCACCGCCAUCGUGAUUGUGUAUGUGGAACUGAACAGGACACACUUUAGUGCGCUGGGCAACAAUAAAUCGAUUUACUUUGGCAAUACGUAUGAGGAUGGCACGUUUCCAAAUCUAGGAAACGGUCAUCUGGUCAUCGAGCGUGUGCAAUGGGGCGCCUCGGAGCAUGCCCAGCUGCUGACAGUCCCACUGACAAGUCCCAUUCCCUAUGUGCUCAUCACCCACAUCGGUGUGCAGUCGACGCCGUGCACCAAUCUCUACAGAUGCUCCAUCAAAAUGCGUACAAUACAGGAUUCGGCCAUAGCCGAAAAGAAUCUGCCAGACAUACAGUCCAAUUUCUAUGUUUCCGAUGAGGGCAACAUUUAUGUGGGACGCGGCUGGGACUGGGCUAACACGUAUGCGAAUCACACACUCGCGAUUACCUUUAUGGGCGACUAUGGCCGCUAUACGCCGACGGCCAAACAGCUCGAGGGCGUUGGAUAUCUUCUUGCCCAUGCGGUGGCCAAUCGCAAAUUGGAUUUCAACUACAAGCUGGUCGCUCAAAAUCAGACAAAAACCUCAAAGAGUCCGGGCGUCAAUGUGUAUCGUGAGAUAAUGCGUUGGAGUCAUUUUUAUCCGUGCAACAUGAUGCAGGAACCGAAAUGUGGCAGCGAGCUAGGCAUGACAGCCGAGUCCUGGAACGGUGCCCAAUAAGAGCAGACUUCAAAAGAUGUGAUGAGACAGAAUUUGCAGGCAAAACACAGACAGAAACAGACUUAAAGCCAAGCUUUAGCAUUAAGACGAUAAACAAUAAAAGAUUUGUGCAAAAGAGAGAAACAAGAAAAAGUAAACCAAAUAAACAAAUAAAUAAACAAUAUAAAAUGCAAAUAUUCAGUUACAUUCGUAUUCAUAUUCGUAUACGUAUUCGUAUUCGUCUUUACUCAGUUGUCAUGGAACCGGUUCGAGGGCGUAUGCUCUGCAGGUGUGUUAUUUAUAGAGCACAGAGGACAACUCUCCAAAGCUCAAUCACGGCGAUCGCUGAGAGACUAAAGCAUUUAGCUUUUUUUGUGCUUUGUCUCUCGACACGUUGUUUGUUGUUCAUGUUAUUGUUGUUGAUUUUGCACAGCGCUCAAAAGCUGGAAAUACCCAAAGCGAAAACCUAUCAGCAUAUAGUACGAGAGCAGAGACGAGUUGUAAGUCUGUGUAUAUGUAUGUCUCUGUAUAUAGUACAUCAUUAUCACUAUUAUACACUCACACAUAUAUCACAUUGAUGCUGUUGAAGUUGUUAUUUCAGUGCUGCUGGUUGCCAGUUAAUUAAAAACUGUAUAUCAUUUCGAACCAUUAAAUUUCCGCUGAUAUCUCAAAACACAGUAGAAAAGCAAAAAAAAGAAAAACGCAAUUUUCCAAUCUCUAUAACGUUGACCUAAGCCAACAAAUUACUAAACCACUUAGCGGCUUAUCAGCUGAAAGUCAUUUAAAUUAUAUUAAAUGAUGCAUUUCCUAACAAAUUUUUGCGUUGUUUCAUCUCUGAUAAGGUCACUUGCUACACUCCUACAUAACUCUUAACUCAAUCAGUCAGUGGUACAGCCAUAUCUAUUCCAAGAUCGCCGCUAGCAAACAACACACAAAUUCUCAGAAUUCGAGAGAGCUACGAGUUUGUUUGUGAUUUUUGUUGUUUAUAACUUGAGCACACAAACAAAAAAACCAAAAACCAAAAAAAAAAAAAAAUCGAAAAACAAAAAAUUAUAAUCAAAUACUAGCUGAAAGAGGUGGGAAGAAGUAAAGAGCAAAAAAAAGAUACAUUAACAAUUGAGUAAAUUUUGGAUGGUGAAAUAAAUGCCGAAACGGGUUCAAUUAAAUAACGCAACCGAUCGAGUUCUUAUGGUAUAAACAUUUUGGUGUAUAGAAUGCAGGUAUUUUGCUUAUCAAUCCAUUGGAUUUUCCUUCAUCAAGAACUCGUUUUGGGAAUGUCUCUGAAAUGCAACUAGGCAUAACCUGUUAUUGAAUUAAUGAAUGCUAAUUAAACUGCUCAGACGGCCGACUAAAAAACUAAACUCUUCUAUGAAACAGCACUCUGCAUAAUUAGAACAAGGUUUUUUCUUGUUACAGCAGACAUUUUUUUUCCGAAACUCGACAACUAUUUGAAAAAUUAGACACAAAUUACUGGAAAUGCCCUAAAAGCUAUUAACUGCAAUGGCACAAAAAAUUUUGAAAUCUUUUUUUAUAUGUAGGUGCAAAUCGAAACAUGAUUUUUCAUUUGCUAUUUGCUAUUUAGUAUUUGUUGUUUGCCAUUUGGCUCUCUCUCACACUAACACUCACACCUUUUCACUCACUCCCGCGUGAUCCCACUCGAUCGAUCGCGUUCUCUCGCUCUCUCCAGAGAGAGAACAGCUGCCACAUUAAACUCGCAUCGCUUCAGCUGAGCCACUCGCAUCGUGUUUUGAUCGCCGCUCAGUUGAUCGGAGCCUCUCGAACGCGACGCUGCUCAGUGAAUUCAAUUUUUGCCACGCGCUUAAACUACAAAUAAAAAAAUUAAAAAAAGCGUUAAACAAUAAUAAUAAUACAAAAAAAAAGAUACAUAGCACGUAAUUUAUAUAUACUCAGCAUUUUUUAUAUAAAUAUAUACUUACUUUGGUGUUAGUUUUUGUUAAA